UCGACCUAACUGCCCGAUCCUAAAGAGGUGCUAAGGGGCUGGAAGACCGAUGUCCUUCGCCGGCCGCCGCGAGGGCAGUGCCCGCGGCACCGCUUCUGCUGAUCGUCUUCAAAACGCCAUGGUCUACAUCAUGCCUGCAUCAAGCAGGCACUGUACUUUGCUCAUACACAUCCCAAACGAGUAGCCAUCGGGCGAGCCCCAAGAAACCCAGAACCCAUUGUCUCCCAAUUCCAACCUUUCUCCCGAAGCCACCAAACCUCCCGCCGGCGAACGAUGGAUCCGUUCCACGACGGGCAUCACGUGCGGCUGAGGAGGAGUACGCACGCGGCGCCCCACCCCGGCGAGGGCGGGGAGGUCGCCACCCUUGGCCCGCGCCGCGCGCUUCUGGAGGCGGCCGACCACGUGGGCGGCCUGCACCCAGGCGCCGCUGACGGCGGCUACCUCGCCGCCACGAGCUCGAAUGCGCUGCCCGCAGAACACCACUUGCGGCUGAGGAGCCGCACGCACACGGCGUCCUCCCACCCAGGCGAGGGCGGGGAGGUCGCCAACCUUGGCCUGCGCCCCGCGCCUCCGGAGACGCCGUCGGGACGCUUCCUCGCCGCCACGGGCGCGCCGGUACCGCGGGCAAAGAAGCACCGCGGCUUCGACGACGACGAGCCGGGCGCCUUUCCGCUCCCAUCCCAGGAGUACGGCUUGCGGCGCCGGCGGGCAGGCGAGGAAGCCAAGGCUGGCUUCCGCUGCGGAGGCUACGAGUGGGUGCUCGACUCCCGACACGCCCAAGCACCGGCCGCUGCCGGCGAAGUCCCUCCACACCACACUGAACUUUCUGGUGAGAAUGAGGAUCCUCUCCUCCCCUGCCUUAGACACGCCAUUUGUUUUAUUGUCCAGCUUUGUCUGUUGAUGUUAACUGAAGAGUUAAUACCAUUAUUGAUACAUAAACUUGUAGGGGUGGGAACAGUUUCAUACAAGAACUAA